AUUUAUUAAUCUCCCUCCUUAUAUUCCCUACCUAUCUGAGAUCCCGUCCCAGCUUCUCACAAGUCUACAAGCUAGGAAGUGCAAGUCGACAGAGAGAAUCGGUCGCGUGCGCAAUUUUUUAGCAAUGGGGCUCAUAGAAGAUAUUUACGGACCUGUGUCCCAGUACAUGUCGCAGCUCUCGACGCCCUCUCAGGUUGUCGUCGUCGUCGCUGCCGUUCUGUUCUUCUCCGUCUUUUUCAAUGUACUGCAACAAAUACUCCUCCGAAACCCUAAUGAACCCCCCGUCGUCUUCCACUGGUUCCCCUUAGUUGGGAGUACCAUCACCUACGGCAUGGACCCUCCUCGAUUCUUCAAGGAAAACCGAGCUAAGUAUGGCGAUAUCUUCACCUUUAUCCUACUCGGAAAGAAGACCACCGUCUACGUUGGUCCCGCCGGAAACGACUUCAUUCUGAACGGAAAGGUUAAGGAUGUUUGUGCUGAGGAUAUCUACACCGUCCUUACGACCCCUGUCUUCGGAAAAGAUGUCGUCUAUGACUGCCCCAACUCGAAGCUCAUGGAGCAGAAGAAGUUCAUGAAAGUCGCUCUUACUACUACCGCCUUCCAGUCCUACGUCCCCAUCAUUGCCGACGAAGUAACAAGCUACAUCAAGCGAUGCCCUGAUUUCAAGGGUAAAUCAGGCGUAGUCAACAUCCCCAAGAACAUGGCCGAGAUCACUAUCUUCACUGCUUCGCACUCUCUUCAAGGAAAGGAGAUCCGAAACAAGUUCGACGAGUCGCUAGCUGCUCUGUACCACGAUCUUGAUAUGGGCUUCACCCCUAUCAACUUUAUGCUUCACUGGGCUCCCCUACCCUGGAACAAGCGACGUGACCACGCGCAGAGGACUAUCUCGAAGAUCUACAUGGACACCAUCAAGGAACGCAGGGCCGCCGGCAAGACUGACGCGCAAGAUAUGAUGUGGCACUUGAUGAACUCGACCUACAAGGAUGGCAAACCCGUUCCCGACCACGAGAUUGCCCACAUGUUGAUUGCAUUGCUUAUGGCUGGCCAGCACUCUUCUUCUUCGACAAGCUCUUGGAUGAUGUUGCGUCUCGCUUCGCGUCCGGAUAUCAUGGAGGCUUUGUACCGCGAACAGGUUGAGGCUCUUGGUGCUGAUCUACCGCCGCUACAGUACGAGGAUCUCGCGAAGCUCCCCCUGAACCAGGCCAUCGUUAAGGAAACCCUCAGACUCCACGCGCCCAUUCACUCUAUCAUGCGCGCCGUCAAGUCCCCCAUGCCAGUCCCCGGAACCAAAUAUGUUAUCCCUACCAGCCAUACCCUACUUUCCGCCGGUGGUGUGUCAGCUACGGACCCUGCUUACUUCCCUGAUCCGGACCGAUGGGAGCCUACGCGAUGGAGCAAGGACUCGCCUCUUGCGCCGACAGUGAUCCGCAACGAGGUGGAGGAUGAGAAGGUAGACUACGGAUACGGACUUGUCAGCAAGGGCGCUAACUCACCAUACCUCCCGUUCGGUGCUGGAAGGCAUCGUUGUAUCGGUGAGCAGUUUGCCAACGUGCAGCUGCAGACCAUCACCGCCAUGCUGGUUCGCCUGUUCAAGUUCAGGAAUGUCGACGGAAGCGACAAGGUGGUUGACACCGACUAUGCUUCUCUAUUCUCGCGGCCGAUCGAGCCGGCUAAUAUCUUCUGGGAGAAGCGAGAUGCUUGAGCCCGAAAAAAAAGAGAUAGAGCGUCAGAAUCGGGGGAAGGGCGUUGUUUUAAAGUAUACCCUCUUUUUAAAAUACCUAAAAGUCCUGUAUAGCAAUGACAACAACAACAACAGCAUUUUUGAUAAAAACUAGAUGACGACCACGAUACGAGUAAGAAUGGCACCCCGAAAAAAAAGGGGGGGCACGAGAUGAGAGAAGAAGAAAAGAAAAGAAGAUAUCAGCAUUAGAUAACUACCUAACUAGAAUAAUAGUAAUUAAUGGAAUAUGAGUAUAAUACACUCUUUAUGAAAA